AUGAAUACCGAUGGAGCUUCCCGGGGAAAUCCGGGAUUAGCAUCAGCCGGGGGAGUAUUGAGAGAUGAGAAUGGCAUGUGGAUCUGUGGCUUCGCUCUAAAACUUGGCAUCUGCUCAGCUCCGCUUGCUGAAUUGUGGGGUAUCUACUAUGGUUUAUGGACGGCAUGGGAGAGAAGGGUGCCGAGAGUAGUGGUGGAAGUGGAUUCAGAAUUGGUGGCUGGUUUUUUCAACACAGGGAUUAGCGAUGCUCAUCCGCUGUCCUUCCUAGUGCGUUUGUGCUAUGGCUUCAUUUCUAGGGACUGGUUAGUCCGGGUGACACAUGUUUACCGAGAAGCGAAUCGCGUGGCCGAUUGGUUAGCGAAUUAUGCUUUCUCUUUGCAGUUAGGUUUUUCUUUUCUCCCCUCUGCACCAACUGAUCUGUCAGUCUUGUUGCUAGAGGACGUAGACGGCUCUUCAAGAGCUCGAUUUGUAAGAUGUUAA